CUCUACUCAAAAUACAAUAUCGUCGGUUAAUAGGUUAGUAUUUUUGAUAUAAAAGCCAGAGUUGGGCAUGCGAUUUUCAUACUGCUUCAACAAACCCGGAAAAUGAAACUGUUAUCUCUGUACCUUCUGACUUUUGCAUUUUUUCAGUCGUCUUGGAGUUUCAGUUACGAUGGGUACAAAGCUUACAGUGUGACUCCAAAGACACUAGGUCAAGCCAAGAUUCUAAAGGAAUUCGAAGAUGACGAACAUUUCGAUUUCUGGUCGGAAUUUCGAGCUCUUAAUUCAUCAGUAGAUGUGAUGGUUUCGCCAAAAGCUCAAUUGGAUUUUGAAAAUUUCCUUAGCAGCGAAGGUAUCGAUUACACCAUAUUUAUUGAGAACGUUGAAGAGAAAAUACAAGAAGAAAACAAGCGACAAAAAAGAUCUGCACUAGUAACAAGAGGAGAUGUUAGCUUCACUGAAUUUAUGCGAUAUGAUGAUAUAACUGCCUAUUUGGACAAAUUGAACGUAGAAUACUCCAACAUCGCGCAAACUCAAAUAAUAGGGAAAAGUUUUGAGGGACGUGAUCUGUACCUCAUAAAGAUAUCCAGCGGAGGUUCCAACAAGCCCAUUCUCUUUAUGCAAGCUGCUAUCCACGCCAGAGAAUGGAUCGCACCACCUGUAGCCCUGUACGUAAUAAACCAACUGGUGGAAAAUCCAGAAAACGCAGAUUUGUACCAAAAUGUCGACUGGGUGAUUGUGCCAGUGGUAAAUCCAGACGGAUAUGAAUUCAGCCAUGUUGAUACUCGUCUUUGGAGGAAAACACGUACACCAGGCACCAUCUGCGCAGGCACAGAUGGGAACAGAAACUUCGACUACCAUUGGAUGGUGACAGGCGCCAGCGGGUGGCAAUGCAGUCAAACAUACGCUGGCCAUUCUCCUUUUUCUGAAGUUGAGACACAAGCCAUCAGAGAUUACGUUCUGGCCAACAAAGAGAACAUUAAGCUAUUUUUAGACAUACACAGUUACGGAAACUGGCUGUUGUACCCGUGGGGAUACACCACCGAUCCUCCGGAUGAUGCCGAUGAACUACAAGCGUUGGGUGAUCGCGUAAACGAUGCUAUUGCUGCAGUAAGAGGCACCACUUAUACUGUUGGAAACUCCAACAUCCUGUUAUACGCCACGUCGGGUACUGGUCCAGAUUACGCCAAGGGAGUUGCUGGUAUCGAUUUAGCGUACACUCUUGAGUUACCAAGUGGAGGUAGUUCUGGUUUCAAUCCUGAAGCCGACGUCAUUGAAUCUGUUGUCGAAGAAACUUGGGAGGGACUUAAAGUAUUCCAUGAUUAUGUUUUGGAAAGGUACCUUCAGCGACAAUAAUCGUAUUUAUGUAAAUACAGUUUGUUGGAUUUUCUACAAA